GCGGUGCUGGAAUCGGAGGUUGUUCUAGAUUUUCAAGGUGCAUUUUCAGCGCAAACGUACUUUAGUUUGAUCCAAUGCUUCUCUCUUUCUAAAUGUUAUAAACAGUUCGUUUUAGCUAUGAUGGUCUCUAUUAUAUCAUCACAGAGUGGAGGCACGGCCUUGUUCUAUGCAGGAUGGGAAGGUCACUCAGAGGUGGUGAAACUACUGCUAGGAGCUGGGGCCAGAGACAUUCCUAAUAAGUUUGGACGCACUGCUCUGAGUAUGGCCAGAGCCAACAACCACAACGAUGUGGUACAGUAUCUACGGCAACACAAGCCAAAGUGAAAAGUAGACACUCUAGCACUGUUACAAGCACAUACAUAGUUAUUAAACAGCAUAAUUAUCUUCACUCUUUAUAAUUUGUGUUUAGGUUGUUUAAACUGCUAUGCAUGUAGAUGAAACAUUUCAUCACUCUUCUACUACAAAAUUCCCUCAAUUAUUAUCUCUUAUAAUAUUAUCCAUGACAACCCAGAGUCAAGCCAAUGGCUAAUGCAUGCACAUAACU